GUGAUUUCGAAACAAUAUGCUGUGCCAUAAAUGUUGCUACUUUGUGCCCCUGAACAUUGGCUGCCUAAUCAUAAGCGGACUCUUCCUGAGCUACCACGUGGGCGAGGUGCUGACCCACACCAACGACACCAUAUUCCUCAAGGACGCCGCCCAAUACAAAUGGAUACCAGUACUCUUUGCUCCCCUGUACACGGGCAGCAUUAUAUCGUCGAUGCUUCUCAUCUAUGGAGCCUAUAAGCAGCGGAAAGGCUUCGUCUUGGUGUGGGUCAUCAUGCAUGUCCCCAUAUUUGUGGCCUAUCUGAUAAUGACCAUCUGCGAUGGAGCCCUCAAGAACCCACCGCCUCUAAUAAUCGCCAUCCAGGUCAUCAUCGUAGUGGGUCUCUUCUAUUCCCUAUUUGUGGUGCUAUCGUACUACCAGUACCUCAAUAUUUCCGCCAACGAAGACGAGGAAUACGAAAUAUGAAAUGUAUUUUAUUUUUGAAAGAAUUUAAUAAAAUUUUUCAAUCUGAA